CCCACACUUUCUCUCUUCAUUUCUUCAUUUCAUAAUUUCUCACACCUAUAAAUACCACUCACUCUUUCUCCACCUUUUCCAUUCACUUCAAUCUCCAUAAUCAUCCAUCUCUCAUUCUCAAACCACUUUCUUAAUCUCUCUCAACUCUCAACCAAAUCAAAAAAAAAAAAAAAAUGAGAACCAUAGCAGCAGCUUCAACUAGUUACUCUUUUUCACCAUAUUCAUCGCCUUCAAUCUCAUCUCAUUCAUCGUGGCAUUCGCCGAUUCCUUAUCUCUUUGGAGGCCUAGCAGCGAUGCUAGGCCUUAUAGCUUUCGCUCUCUUGAUUCUAGCUUGCUCUUAUUGGAGACUCACCGGUCAAUUACAAGACGAAGAGAACAAUAACAGAAACAGUGAAAAAGAAGGUGAUAGUUUAAAUGAAAAAUCUGUUAAAGUUUAUGAAGAGAAAUUUCUUGUCAUUAUGGCUGGUGAUCAGAACCCUACGUUUUUGGCUACGCCUGUUUUUCCUAAAUCGUUUUCUGUUAUGGAUCUGAAUUCCGAUGAAAUGCUUCGGAAUCAUGAAGCGGUUGAGAAAACGGAAAAGGAAACGGAAACGGAAACGGAAGUUUCAGAAGAACGGAAUCAGAAUCAGCAACAACAGUGACUUGAUUUGAUUUGCUUAAUUGCUGCUUAAUUUUUUUAUCAUCUCGUUUAAUUUCUUAAUUUUUGUUGGUUUGUGUUGCAUGAUUCGGGAUGUGUAAAUUUAAGAUGAGAAGAUGAAUUAGAAAUGAGUGAAAUUUUGUUUUAA